AUGACGGCUUCAUUGCCAGGAAACAUCCUGGGUAAUACGACCAUACGCAAUUCCUUCCAUAUCAUCGUCACGCAUUUCACGUAUCUCCUUCUUGUGUAUAUUUUGUAUGGCAUUCCUAGCCUGCUUGUAACGCUGAGAAUUGUCCGAACGAUUCUCUCGCCAAAGUUUAGAAGCUUCUUCAGAAAGCCUUUCUUCUUUCUGUUCACCAACAACUGCAUUGUGGGUAUGAUUUUCUUUAUGGUAGAUUUUUUCACGAUAAGAGUGCCAGCCUCGGGACUGAUCACUGGCUGGUUGACAACGCUUCCACCUGGCCGAUAUAUCACUGCAAUCUACGCUCUAGAAUUCUAUUUGUUAUACAUCACCCUAUAUUCAGUGACCUUCCUGUCGAUUACGAGAGCCAUUAUUAUUUGCUUACCUAUGGAAGGCACCAAGGUAAUCAAGAGAUGUCUAACUUUUUUCUUCUUGACUAUCUACUUGCUGCCAGUACUGACUACGUGGUUCCUCUAUCCAGCAACCGCAUAUAUAAGAAUAGCACCACAAAUCCCACAUUUGGGUUAUGGAGCAACUUUUGACUACGAAAAAAGUUUUCCGCACGUUGGUAUUUCUUUGUUUUUUUCUCAUUUCCAUGUCUUGGUAACCCUCACUUUCCCGGCUGACCUUUUAGCUCAUCGUUCCGAAGACAUUGCCAUUCGUUGUAUAAGUAUAAUUGUGCUUCCUGCUUUAUUACGACGUCAACUUGGUGUUUACACUACGACCGUUUCAACAAGAUUUGCUCUUAUUCUUGCCAAUAUGGGUUCUGUACUUCACACAUCCGGUAUUCAAAAGAAGCAUCACAAAUUCUACACCGGUCAAUGUCGUCGUCUCCAGUUUUCAAACUUUAAAACGAAAAUCUUUGAACGCCGCAUCAGCUGCCGCCCAAUGAAACACGAGGAUUCCGUUAUCAUCAUGGUGUGA